CACACACGUAGCCGUUCCUUUGUUCGCGUCAAGCCCUCCACCCCAAGGGGGGUUUCACGGGGGUGGUACUGGGGCGGUCGUUUUCGCGUGCCUUUCGCCGCUGUGCGCUGCUGGGGCUUUUUUCCUCCUUUUGUUUUCCUGUGUGUAACGUCCUCGUCCUGCCCAUUCGUCCCAUCGAGAGCGCCUCCUCCCCUCGUGGGGCUAGUAGCUGCCGGGCAGUUCCGAAACGGCAGGGCGACCGAUUGGGCUUCAGUCUCGCAGCGAUCGCUAGCAGGACGAGUUGAGUUGACGGAGCCUUUGCGCAGUGGUUGGCCAGUCGUUGGGUUGUGUUGAGCGAACGGAACUAACGGAGGUUGCUGUUGUUUGUUUGUUGUUUUGUUACAUCCCGUUACCCGUGGAUGGGGUAACAGAGGGGGGGGGGGGGGGGGGGGGAGGACAGUGUGCAUCACAAUGCUUCUCAGAGACAGAUGCUUGAGCAAGCGAGCAAACGGUUGCACGGGGAAUUGUUGAUGUCGAGUGCUUCUGCUGCUGUAGGGACGGUUUGUGAUUGCAUCUACUAAAAGAGAGGGCGUCCAGUGUCACACCAGUGCUGCGAAGAUACACACGGCUAGGAGCAAGCAUCAACAGUGCACAACAGUGCACAAGGAAGUCAAUAGUGCCCCGGCAGCGUGAAGACGUUCGUUGCACCCGUUGCCUUGCUUGGUGCUGCUGGUGGAUAAAUGGCCGGAAGCGCUCCGUCUGGGGGUCAAAGGACACUAGAUAGCCCAGACAGCUAGGGCAAGAAUGCUGGAGGGGGGUGGGGAGGGGGGUGAAGGAAUUUAUAGACCAACCGGGCCGUGUAGAGCCGAUGGCAAGGGGACAAUUACCCUUCACACGGGCGCGCCAUUUUUUGCCACGAUUGCGCCACCCAGGAACUCCAAAAGAGUGUACGUGCUUGUGUGUGUAAGAGAGAGAGAGAUAGAGAGAGAAUAAGAAAGAGAGUAUUUGUGUGAGUGAGCGAGAGAGAUAUCAAACGAAUGAAUGGUUUACUGUAGGGAGGAAACGUCUGCUAGGCAAAGUCCGGCCGAACGCUGGUAAACUCGGACCGCAAACUCCCGAACCGGUUUAAAGUUGACUGAACUCGUCCCCCCCCCCCCCCCCCCCAGGUGUUGGCCGCCCAGGGCCGCCCAUGCAACGCGCCGUGAACCCAAAAUGCGACUAUCAAAUGUGCUGACCACCAACAAUCAACCCUCUGCAUUACGAUCACUUCCGCUGCCUGCUGGGCGCCGGACCGGCAAGCUAAGGGACAGUGUGUGUGUGUGUGUGUGUGUGUGUGUGUGUGUGUGAGUGUGUGUGUGGUGUGUAAAACGUUUGAAGGAAUUCGCUGUGGCCCCUCCGGCUGCUGCCCUUGUGCUACCAGACAAAAGCGUUGUUCGGUACGGCGGUAGCCCGCUGAGCUCCCCGGGAGGGUUCAUCGUUCGCAAGGGGGAGCUUGCUUGUUUUCAUUCGAUGCAAAUGGGCAGGGUGAGCUAUGGUCAAGACACAGGAGGUGGAGUGCGAUGUCAAAAUGUGUGUGUGUGUGUGUGUGUCUGGGAGGGUUUUUGUUCCCCCUGUUGAGAAGGAACUCCAACGGUGCUGACUGCUCCUUAGAGUCCUUGGAGGUACUUUGGGACCUUCUUCUUGCAUUUUUGAAGAAUUUCUUCAUUCCAGGGUUAAUAUCUGAUGCCUUUCGCGCGCUAUCGACUAGUUCUCAAAGUUCCGAAGUUCGUUUUGUGAAAAAAAAACAUUCACAUGACUGUGUCGCACCACUUCCCAGCACAUCCCAGAGUUUCCUGGAGAGUACUUGAUUGAAUACAUUCUUUUGAUAUGUUUCCAAAAUUCAAUCCCAAAGGCACCACACAAGUUCAAACAGUAAUCCCAAGGUACUCUGAAGCUGUCAUAGACGACAGUAGUACGUCGUAUUUUCAAGAACUUCUUGAUGGGAUACUGGUUUUCAAUAAACUUCGCUCUGCUAACUGAUAUACAAGUUCCUGCCACAAAAAGUACUCUGGAGCUUCCCGUGGCAACUGGAACUUCAAUGUCCAAGAGUUCCUGCAGUAGAUACUGAUGAGUUGCCCAUAUAUAAUGUUCAAUUAACAUCCUCCAAACCAUUCAGACAUUUUUCCCGAAACCAAUGAAAUCUUUCCAACAGUUUCUGAGGUACACUGGAGACUACGCGGCGUUGGAUUUUCAUUCCCAAUAGGAUUACGAAGAAUUUCUCAAUCGGAUACUGCUUGCCCCCAACGCUUCCAACAAGAGCUUCAAGGAGCUCACUCGCACUCUCGGGCGAGACGAGAGAGAGAGCUCGAACAAUCUCUGCCGAAGGGUGGCCGACCACCGAGAACACUUCACACCUGUUUCUGGCAAGCGCCCAUCGUGCGGAACCCCAUAAAGCGGCGUGGUACUUAAUAAACGCGCCAUAAGUUACGAACUCUCUCACCCACACGCUGUACGCUCUGGCAGGGCCUGUAUGUAUGUCGAUGCCCCCUGCUGACCGUGUAUGACCGGAAGACGCCGUUCCGACCCUCUCUCUCUCUCUCUCUCUCCGCUCCGCACUCUCCGCUCAUGAUUUGUGGCUGGUUGGGGUGCAAAUUUGUUCACCCUCGGCGGCGCCCACCGUUAGUGCGUGCGAGAAUGUUUCGCUGUUGCUGUCGGCCCCGUCCGGUGCGUGUACGCAUCCUUGAAAGAGUCGUUAAGAUUUUUGCGUAUCACAUUGCGCACCGCCGGACAGAGAGAUAGCGCGUAAUGGUACCAUUAAUAUAUGAUUUAAAAAAAAAAACACACAAACACACACAAAACGAAAAAAAAAACGGGGAAAGUUUGAAACGUUUUACUGUUUGGCGCUUGUUUGCCAAAUACAUAAUUGGACUGUUGGGUGGGGUUUUUCUUACCUGCUUUUGUGUGUGUUUUUUUUUGGCUCCUACCCGAGGCCUAGAUGAAGAAAGGACCCACGGCCGUGGGUCCGAUGGUGGCGUGCGUGUCUCAUUAUAAUAUUUUGCGCCAUUGCCGAAUGCGCUAUUAUGCGGUGGCGGGCAGCAGAUUGGAAUCUUGGCGGGGCCGCACACCGCACCAUCAUCGCCAUCGCGUGUCUGACCACUAUUUUCGAGAGGAGGAGGAGGAGGAGGAGGAGGGUGUGCAAAGAUGGAGCAGUUUUUUUUUUGGGCAGAAACGAAAAGCAGCCGCAAAGGUGGGCGGGAUAUGAUUAGUUUUGGGUGGCACGGUUUGGCAGCGCGCUUGUGUUCUUUUCUUUUUUAAUUCUUCGGCACGUGAUGAUAGCAAGAGCGAAAGAGUAUGUGUGAGAGAGAGAAUGAGAGAGAAAGAGAGAGAGAGAGAGAGAGUAGGAAAUUUUCUUAAUAUACGCCAAAUUCUUUUCUCGAUGGUACAUUCUUCCACGCGUUGGUGGCGGAACCAUGCAGCAGUGAGCAGCUCUUCAUCAGCAAGUGAUACUAGAGACCCUUGAGCAGUGCAAAGCAGGCAACGCUCGCUGCCGGUAGCGUAGCGACCAAUCAUCUCGAUCUCGAGCAGAGUUCGUGUGUCUGCGUGUGUGUGUGUGUGUGUGUACUUGUGUUGGGUCUCGUUUUACCCAGGAGGUUUUUGGUGCGGUGUAGCGCAAAGCAGCACAGACAGCAAAGCGAGCAAAACCUCAUACUGUGCAAGGUUAGUGGUUACUCUAUUUGCCCUCUACCUGUGUACCUUAUCUGGCAGCGUGACGAGCAAGUGCUGUCAACUGUCAAUAGAAAGAAAAAAAGAAGAAAAAAAAAAUUCGUUUGUACAUAGUAAUUACCCGAGUGUGUGCGUAUCUUUGUUGUUAACCUCAUUGUUAGGCCCCAAUGUUACACUUUUAGUUCUUCUUUCUUCUUCGUCUUCUACUUUAUUCUUUUUCUUUAAUUUAUAUUAUUUCUUCUUCUACUUCUUCUUCUUCGUCUUCUUCUCUUCCUUCUUCUUUUACCACUUUCUCUAUUUCUAUCACUUUCACACUUUCUCUUUCUGUCGGUCCCUUUCGUUUCCCUUUCUGAUCCUUACCUUUACUACUCACUCUUUACAUCUAUCUCCUCAGAAGGAAACUAAUCUUUGUAAGCAAAUUUGAAUAAUAUACUACAAUAUACAGAAUAUGUACAAGAGAAACAGAAAAGCAAUAGAUAUGUUUUAUUUUUUCUCUUUUCAUCAUUAAAAUAAAAAAUAACAUUAAAAACACUUUUUGUUAACAACUAUUACUUAUCUUAUCUGUACUAUUAUUAACUAUUCUGAGCUAUAUUGGUGAACUUUUAACACGUUAAUGUACGAGAGGCAACUACUAAAAAGCCUCGUCAAGAAUAAACCAACAACUACCUCUAUCUUCAUUUUUUAUUUAUUCUUUUUCUUCUUCUUCCUUUAUUUUUCUUCUCUUUCUUCUUCUUCUUCUUCUUCUUCUUCUUAUUAUUAUUUUUCUUUUUUUCUAUUCUUCUUUGGUUUUUUUAAUUUAUUGUUGUUAUUUUUCGUUUUCAUUCUAAGUCCUUCUAUUUUUCUUCGUCUUUUUCUUCUUCUUGUGUUUAUUAAACAUUUUAUCUUUUUUUGUCUAUCCCUUUUCUUUCUCGUCCUAAUCCUCCUACCUCUUUUGCUCUUCUUCUUCUUUAUUUUUUUUAAUUUAUUGUUCUUAUCUUUCGUUUUCUUUUUAAGUCCUUUUUCUCUUCUUAUGUUUGCCUUAUAUUUGAACAUUCUAUCUUUUUCCUUUUCUUUUGCAUCAUUAUCCUCCUACCUCUUUUUUGUUUUUCUUCUUCUUAUUGUUCUUCUUCCUUCUUAUGUUUUCUUCUUCGUCUUAUUCUUAUUUAGUUCUUCUUUGAAGUUUUUCUUCCUUUUUAUUUUUCUUCUUCCCUCUUUUCUUUUAUCCUUUCACUUUCUGACCCCAUCCUCCCUUCCUUCUCCCCACACUCACUUUCGACCUCUAUCUUCAUUCUAUCAUCUGCGCUAUCUCUUUCUAUUCUAUAUCUGCAGCCACAGGGGGAGCCAUAAUUCCAUUUUCGCUCUUCAUCAUUUAGCGAACUGCGUUUGUGUUUUCGUUUGUGUGUGUGUGUGUGUGUGAUCGUAAGAUCCGUUUGGUGUUUCAUAGCGUGUGCGUGUAUUUACUUGAUGUGUGUGUGUGUGUUUUUUUUUCUGUGCUCAGUUUUCACUUACUUUUGAACAUUUCAUACCGUUUGUACAUAUAUUGAAAAAAAAAACAAAACUUUCUUUCCUAUUAGUGUAUCAUGAUUUUGCUGCUCAGUACUGUAUAAACUAAUCUUAUCAAAGAAAAGUUAGUUUUAUAGCGUACAUAAAAAAAAAAGAUAACGCUUCAUAACGCAGCCCAGGAGACCAUGAUGCGUUUGCAGAACAUCCGUAUCGCCGCUUUCAUUGGAGGAACAGCGAAGCUAGCAGGGCGAAUAGGAAACUGAGCUGGGCCAAGCAGUACUGCGCUUUCACCAUCGAAUCAUCAUCCCGCUCUGAGCCGUCCGGCAUCUCAACGAGCGCGCCGAAAAAAGUUGGCACCGGAGCCUUGCUCUCUCUAUCUCUCUCUCUCUCUACCGCUCACACUACGGUCGCCGGCGCCAUGUUCUCUGUAAAUAUUCAUCUCCUUACAUCUUUUUCUGCUAGUUUUGUUAGCAUUCUAACCCGAAUAACUCAUUCCGUACAAAUUGUUACUGUAAAAUAUAUUGUUUUCCUCCUCCAUUGUUUUUUUUUAAAUCCUGCUCGACUUGCUCCAAUCCACCGUACAAGCGCGAAUGUGCGAUGCUGUCGCGAACCCCAUAAAGCCCCGUAGCGUUAGUGCUGUACGAAUUGUAUUGUUUUUAUUUCUUCUUCUUAUCCUUCUUCUUUACUUUACUCGUGUGUCGCUCGUGUUGCAUGGCAUUGCGCGUAGACCCGUUUGCGUGCGUGAACUAUACAGUGUAGAUAAAUAAAAAAAACUCAAGCGGCAGCUGUGAUUGUGCGUAGUGCGGACCAUUGUCAUUCAAAUUAAAGACAAAAUAUUGAGCAAAAAAAAAAAACCUCCACGCAACCCAUCCCAUCAACUUCCUUUACUAACGCGCCUCGCCUCACUCCCCAUAUGAGGCCGUUGUCAGUAGAGCAAAUCGCAAAACGAUAAACCCCGUAGUGUAAUCGUGCCUCAAUUCGCAUCCAUGCUAUACGUUUAUGCUUCGGAUCCAUCGGAGACGACCUCUGCCAGCGAGUACUACGACGACGAGGACGACGAGGAGAUCGGACGGGUGCAGCAGCCGGACCAGGUGCGGCGGAGGCGGCGCGUGCGAACCCUGCCCGGUGUGACGGUCAGCGGCCGGCCCGCGUACUACGGCGACGAGCAGGAUCGAACCGGCCCGCAAGCGGACGAGGAGGACGGCGAGGCGGUAAUCUCGUGGAGCGGAGUGGAAGGGCGGAUUGCGGGUGGACGCUUUUUGAGCCGGGCCGUCCACACCCUGCUCAGCGCGUACAGUGACGAGGAGGAGCAGGAGGAACAGCAGGAGGAACAGGAAGAGGAACGGGAGGAGGAGGAGGAGGACGACGACCAGUCGUCGGAUCACCGGUCGACCGAUCGGUACGUUGGCCGCGGGCCGUAUCAUGCGAGCAGAGCGCACGCCGGCCGCCCCCCGACGUACGUGCCGCCCCGGUCGCCCCACUUCUACCGACCCCGGUCGCCGCUAGGCCUGCCCCAGGGUUCGUCGCUUGCGUGCGCGCGCUACAGCGUCGGUCCAGCGCCGGACAGGCAUCCACGCCACCGGGACCGAUCGAUCUUCUCGCCGGAACGAGCAGCUCGAGGAGCGGCAACCACCAACACCAACACCGUCAGCAGCAGCAGUACCGCCCCGCGGCACCGCUUUCUCGCCAUGUCCGCCGGUGACGCAGACGCGGUACGGGGCGAACAGCCCGAGCCCGACAGCGGCACGAGAACGCCCCCGAACCCGACGACCAAUGGGGAGCCGACGGCCGACCCGAACCCGACGACGACGACGACGGCGCCCGGCGAGCCGCACGGUUCGGCUGGCUCGAGCGUGACAGUGCCGUCGACACAGCAGUCGCAGUCGCAACAGUCGCAGCAGCAGCAGCAGCAGCAGCAGCAGCAGCAGAGCAAUCUGGUGAACAACAAUCACAGCACCGAGCCCGGCGAGACACCCGGUCAGCCGAAGCCAGUGGUAGGGAAGGGUGGUGCGGUGCUGGUACGGAGCAAGGAGUCCGUCUCGCCCCUGCCGCUCAAGCGGCCGACCAAGGCCGACACGAACAACAACGCGGCGGCCGGUAGCGACUCCGGCCAGCGCAGUCCGGCGGGCGCACCAGCGCCAGCAACCGCAACGCAAUCAACCACAAACGGGGCGGUGGGUCCGACUCCCCCGACCAAUCCCAACCAACCGACCCGUCCGCUCGCGGGCGGCCUCAAGGGCCGGAAGGGGGGCGGCUGGAAGGCCCGGCCGGCGGACAGUGAGUCGUUCGGGACCGCGCAGCUCAGCUCGCCGACCGACGCGGAGGACGAGCUGGUGGUCGGCAGCAGCCCACUAGCGGGCCGCCGGCACCCCGUCCACGUCAACCCGGUCAUCAGCCGGGACAAGCUCGCGAGUGGUGGUGUGAGUGGUGGUAUAGGUGGUGGUGGUGGUGGUGGGUGGGGACCGCGGCAGCGGGGCGGACCGGUCGAGCGGGGCAGCCGCAUCCAGAGUCCGGCGACCGGCACUGGCACGGCGCUACCACCCGGGGCCGGGACGUCGAUGGACGUUGGCGGUGAAGGGGCAGCAGGGACGCCAGUAGCAGCGGGCAACGGGCCAGCAGCCGGUGGGCAGCAGCAGCAGCAGCAGCAGCCGGGCACGGCCGCCAGCACGCCGGGCGCGGCCGGAGCAGCGCCGGCACCAGCGCCGGUCAAGCGCAGCCAGUCGCGGAACGACGUCCUGGACCUGGACAGCGCCCCGGGACCGUCCGGGCUACUGCCGAGCAACCCGGGCGUACCGGGCACGAUCGGGGGCAAUCCGCAGUCACGCUACUCAAACCUGUCGUUCUGGAAGGCGCGGCGGGUGCUGUUCUACCGGAAUGGCGAUCCCUUCUUCCCGGGCGUCGAGUUCCGGUUCAAGCCCGGGCGGGACAUCUGCACGCUCGAGGCGCUGCUGGACAAGAUCUCCGCCCGGAUGGAUCUGCCCCGGGGUGCCCGCUACAUCUUCUCGAUGGACGGCGACCGGAAGUACUCGCUCGACGAGCUCGAGGACGGCUCCAGCUACGUCGUGUCGUCGUUCAAGGUGUUCAAGCCGGCCAGCUACGGCAAAAAGAACGGCGUGUGGUACGCCUCGCCCGGCAACCAGGGAUGGGGCAGCGGUGCCGGCCCGGCCCGACUCGGACGCAAACCGUCCGUCACCGAGGUGGACAACAUGCCGUCCGGCAGCCUGAAGCCGAGCGCCGGGCGCGUGAUUAGAAUAAUCAACAGCCACGAUCACAGCGUGCAGUGUCGCGUGCUGCUGAACCUGCGCACAUCGCAACCGUUCGAGGAGGUGCUGGAGGAUCUCGGCCAGGUGUUGAAGAUGAUCGGAGCCAAAAAGAUGUAUACCAGCAACGGGCAGGAGGUGCGCAGCUUCUCCCAGCUGCGCAACGAGUUCGCCGAGGUGGAAACGUUCUACCUGAGCAACACGCCGUCGCUGCCGGUCGGGGCGCUCGGGCCGGGCGUCAUACCGCCGUCGCCGGGCCGCCGGUCCCGCUCGCGCCUCGGCGGCUCCGUGCCGGACGAUCUGUCCAAGACGACGGCCCGGCAGCGCGCCCGCAGCAAGAGCCGGCCGCGCGUCCUGUACGCGCCGGAGAACGAGCUGGUGCGCGCCUCGUCCGACUAUCCGCUGCUGGACGCGAUGAAGGAGGAACCGACGCGCAUCACGAUCCGCGGCCUGCGCCGCACCUUCUAUCCGCCGCUGCACCAUCCGCCGAUCGACAAUGCGCCGCCGGACAAGAAGCUGUCCCUGUUCUGGGUCCACGGCUACCGUGGAAUUGAUUCCAAGCGCAACCUCUGGGUGCUGCCGUCGGGCGAGCUGCUCUACUACGUCGCCGCCGUCGCCGUGCUGUACGACCGUGAGGAGGACGCCCAGCGCCAUUAUACCGGUCACACAGAGGACAUCAUGUGCAUGGAGGUGCAUCCGUCCCGGGAGCUGGUCGGGUCGGGCCAGCGGGCCGGCCGGGACCGGAAGUCCCAGGCGCACGUGCGCAUCUGGAGCACCGAGUCGCUGCAGACGCUGUACGUGUUCGGCAUGGGCGAGCUGGACUCGGGCGUGAUUGCGGUCGCCUUUUCGCAGCUGAACGGUGGCAGCUACAUCCUCGCGGUGGACGCCGGCCGCGAAAGCAUCCUGUCCGUCUGGCAAUGGCAAUGGGGCCAUCUGCUCGGCAAGGUGGCGACCCUGCAAGAAGGCAUCUGGGGCGCCACGUUCCACCCGCUCGACGAUAAUCUGCUAAUCACACAUGGCCGGGGCCAUCUCGCGUUUUGGCACAGACGGAAAGACGGUUUCUUCGAGAAGACCGACAUUAUCAAACCGCCUUCGCGAACUUUCGUCACAUGCGUCCAGUUCGAGCCGGACGGUGACGUCAUCACGGCGGACAGUGACGGCUUCAUCACGAUUUACAGCGUCGACGCGGACGGUGCGUACUUCGUGCGCAUGGAGUUCGAGGCGCACAACAAGGCGAUCAGCUGUCUGGUGAUGCUGUCCGAGGGUACGCUGAUAUCGGGCGGCGAGAAGGACCGCAAGAUAGCGGCCUGGGACUCGCUGCAGAACUACAAGCGCAUCACCGACAUUAAGCUUCCCGAGUCGGCCGGCGGCGUACGCUCGAUCUACCCGCAGCGACCGGGCCGGAACGAUGGCAACAUCUACGUCGGCACGACGCGCAACAACAUCCUCGAGGGUUCGCUGCAGCGUCGCUUCAACCAGGUCAUCUUCGGCCACGGCAAGCAUCUGUGGGCGCUGGCCGCCCACCCGGACGACGAGGUGUUUGCGACCGGCGGCCACGAUAAGUACGUGGCGCUCUGGCGCCGCCAGAAGCUGAUCUGGACGACCUCGGUCGGGUACGAGAUCAUCGCGCUUGCGUUCCACCCGUACGGGGCGGCACUGGCGGCGGGCAGCUCCGAGGGCCACCUGAUUGUGAUCAACGCCGAGAACGGUGCCACGAUGCUGACGAUUCGCGUCUGCGGCUCGCCGCUCAAUGCGGUCGAGUUUAACCAGGUCGGUGACAUGAUAGCGAUCGGUUCGCAGAACGGCAGCAUCUACCUGUUCAGGGUGUCGCGCGACGGCUUCUCGUACAAGAAGAUCAACAAGAUCCGCGGCUCCCAGCCGUUAACGCACCUCGACUGGAGCAGCGAGGGCAACUUCCUGCAGUCGGUGACGGUUGAUUUCGAUCUGCUCUUCUGGGAUGUCAAGUCGCUGUCGCCCGAGAAGAGCCCGAUCGCGAUGAAGGACGUCAAGUGGAUGACCAGCAACUGCACGGUCGGCUUCCUGGUGGCGGGCCUGUGGAACAACCGCUACUAUCCGGCACCGUCCAACACGAUUAUCACAACGACGGCCCGGACCGCGGCCCAGGAUCUGGUGGCGGCCGGCGACGCCGACGGCUACCUGCGCCUGUUCCGCUACCCGUGCAUUACGCCGCGGGCCGAGUUCACCGAGGCGAAGGUGUACUCGGGCACGCUCGCAGCCGUCAAGUUCCUGUACGGCAACCAUAGCCUGGUGACGGUCGGUGGCACCGACGCGUCGCUCAUGAUCUGGGAGCUGACCGAGGAAUAGCCACUGUGGCCGCCGUGGCGCACCGGGGUCGGCGUCGCCGCAGCCGCCGGGUCUCCCUCACCAGCAGGUAAUCCUAGCACCGUACUACCCGUAGCAAGCAACCAUCACCAUCAUCCAAUCCACCCUCCAAUCCAUCGCCGGCCGGAUGCCGGCCCGAUCAGCGUAACCGGCGAGGGCACCGGGCCGCCGCUGGCACCACUGUUGUCUCCAGCGGGCGCCCCACCGUCCACCUUGGUCGACCGUCUCAGCGCACAGCCAGCCACUAACGGACCAGGAUCUGUCACCACCACCAGCCGGUGGUACCGGGGGUGAGCGGAGGGCCCGUACCAUACCCGCUCGUGUCUGCCGGGCGCAGGGAAAGCAGACCGCGCAGGAGGAGGAGGACGAGGAGGACGAAGAGGAGGAAGACGAAGAGGAGGACGAGGACGACGGCGUUCGGCGUCGCACGACCUUCGGGUUGGGCGACGAGGGCGACGACGAGGGCGAAAAUGACUCGGAGGAGGGCGGGCAGCAGGCAGCCGCACUGCAGCCCCCGGCCACCGCCAGCCAGCCGGACCAGCCGAUGCAGCAGCGGCGCAUCCGCAGGCUGAGGUCGCGCGGCCGCAGCGCCAACUACCAGCGGCGGUAUCGGGCCCGCGGCACGGCCGAGAUGACGUCACCGGCAGCGACCGGGUCGGGCUCGCCGCCGGACAGUGCGGGCCGGCGGUGCCGCCGACCCACACCCAUGCCCGCCGACGACCAGCAGCAGGAGGAGGAGGAGGAGGAGGAAGACGUUGGGGUGGAGUACGCCGUGCUGCUGCCGGACUCGUUCGCGGUGCUCGACUCGCCCUACUGGUCGCCGGCACAGUGAGCCGCGCGUGGAGUCACCUCUUAGCACUAAGCGCUCAAGACGUAGUGUUCUCUAGCGCUCACCGAGGUUCGUCGCUUGGUGCGCGGUUUGACGCGGUCUGACAGCUGUUGGUAGAUGAAGGUUUGAAUUGGCGGUUACGGCUCUCUCUCUCGGGGCAGGUCGAACGCCCACGGUAGGGAUAGGCGGGAGCAUAUCUCCUAGUAGCGCUAGUAGUACCGGACGUGGGGGUGUACUAAGUGUGUUUGUGGUUGGGUGCGUCCUCCAUUGUGUUCCACCCGCAUCCUCCUCGCGCGAGUGGUUUUUGACGCUAGAGUUGUUGGACGGACGGAGCCACGACGGCACGAUUUUGGUGGAGUUAUCGACACUUUGUAGCCUUGUAGAAUAGCUUUGGAAGGUUUUAGGGGGUAAGAGCCCGACGGUAGAGCCCUAGGCCCUGUGGGUGGUGGGUCCGGUGUGGCAUUCAUCGCCACCUACACCAGUGUAGCGCACACUGUAAUCACACACACACACACACACACACACACACACACACACACACACACACACACACACACACACACACACACACACACACACACACACAAACACACACACAGACACACACACACACACACUCAAAAACACGUUCUCUAUCUGUCUCAAUGACACUCUGACGUACACAUAUGAACACAGCCACCCAUAGGGAAAGAGGAAGCAGAAGAAGAAAAAAAAAGAA